AUGACGCUCGCAAAGGACCUCCUGCACCCCUCACCCAAGGAGGAGAAGCGGAAGCACAAGAAGAAGCACCUGGUGCAGAGCCCCAACUCCUACUUUAUGGACAUCAAGUGCCUGGGUUGCUACAAAACCACCACGGUUUUCAGUCACUCCCAGACAGUUGUGUUGUGUGUUGGCUGCUCGACUGUGCUGUGCCAGCCCACUGGUGGAAAGGCAAGGUUGACAGAAGGGUGCUCUUUCCGGCAAAGGCAACAUUAA